UGGGACUACGGAGCGGGGAGACAGAAAAAAAAGGAAAAGUAAAUCUAAAACGGAAAAAAACUAAUGGUGGUGCUGCACGGUCGGAAGGAGGGGGGUUGUGUUUUGCUAUUAAUCAGAUCGUGGAGAUUUUGUGGCCGCAAACUGCACCUGGUGAGCUGUUGGGUGAGUUCUUCUGGGACGAACCGAGGGUUUCAUUUCAAAGUUGGAUUUAUUCGGACGCGGCGGUUAAGCGCUGUGGAGGUUUGGACGUUCCCCCUGACGCACGAGCGCCGGAGUUAUCGCCACUGUUCCCGCGGAUCCCAACUCCUUCAUCGCACCUUUAGCUUCGUCGUGGACAUUUUCCUCGCACUUCCAGGAGUCACGGCCUGAUCAAGUUUGUUUUGCCGCCGCGCUUGUUUUUCAUCCAAGUUAUUUUGGGACGCACCGUGUCCUUUAUCGUUUCGCGGCUACACGUUGCAAAACAUGUCACCAGCGGCAGAGGUUCAAUGGAGAAACUAGUUUUCAUCCUUUUAUGGACACACGCCUGCAAUUUAAAAUUAAGUCCGGGGCGACACUGACGUUGGCAGUAACGUUAGCCCGCGUUCACCGGUCCGUCUGCGGAUCACCUUUAAUUCUGAGUCCGCACGGGACACGGAGGAGAAAGUUGCACCGGGCGCACGCGCGCCCUUAAAGACUCCAAUUAGGAUGGAAAAGUGCGUCUCGCCCGUUUCUCGUAGCCUCCGCGCUUAAACGAGACACUUAAUGCGCCACAAAAGAAUCCAGUGUUUCCGACGCUGCUUUAAUAUUUCAGUUUGUGGCUACGAGGACAGAGCUCAGCGGUUGCGCUAUUAAAACUGGAAACAAAAUGGCGGCGUCCCUGGGACAAUUUGAAUAUGCCUCCCGGUGUAUUUUUUAUUUAGUUUUGACACUUGAACUGUUGAGCCGCUACGGGUCCGGUUCAGACCUGCCUUGUGCCCAGAACUGUACGUGCAGCGGGGACUCGGUGGACUGUAGCAACCUGGAGCUGACAGCUACGCCUCCGGACCUGCCCGCCCGCACCGUCUCCUUAAACCUUGGCCACAAUAAGCUGACCACCAUAAAUGUUGAAGCCUUGGACAAACUUCACAACUUGAGAGAGCUACGGCUGGACCACAAUGAACUGACCUCCAUACCAGAUUUAGGACCGGCUGCCUCCAAGAUCGUAUCGCUCUACCUACAUCAUAAUAAGAUCCGCAGUAUUGAUGGGAGGCGGACGAGAGAGCUGCUGUCUGUGGAAACUCUGGAUCUGAGCAAUAAUGAUAUCACCGAGCUACGAGGACACUGCUUUCCUGCUGGCCUCCACAUUCGAGACCUGUAUCUGAGCAGCAACAAAAUCAGCAUAUUGGAGCUCGGCGCCCUGGACCAUCUGGGCUCAACGCUGCAGGUCCUGAGACUGAGUCGAAACCGCAUCAGCCAGAUCCCCGUGAAAGCCCUCCAGCUCCCCAAGCUCACCCAGCUUGAACUGAAUAGGAACCGCAUCCGUCAGGUGGAGGGUCUGACUUUUAAGGGUCUGUCCAGCUUGGAGGUGCUGAAACUGCAAAGGAACAACAUCAGCAAACUGACCGACGGGGCCUUCUGGGACCUGGCAAAGAUGAAAGUCCUUCACCUGGACUAUAACAGUUUGACAGAGGUGAACAGUGGUUCCCUGUACGGCCUGACUUCCCUCCAGCAACUGUUCCUCAGUAACAACGCAAUAGCCCGUAUCAAUCCGGAUGGAUGGAAGUUCUGCCAGAAACUGAGGGAACUGAAUCUGUCUUACAACAACCUGACUCGUCUGGAUGAAGACAGUCUGGCUGUGUUGGGGGAGCUCCACACCCUUCGUCUGGGUCACAACUCUAUCAGCCACAUCACCGAAGGGGCCUUCAGGGGCCUCAAGGCCGUACGUGUGUUGGAGCUGGACCAUAACGACAUCUCGGGCACAAUAGAGGACACCAACGGGGCCUUCUCUGGAUUGGACAGCCUCAACAAGCUAACUCUGUUUGGAAACAAGAUCAAGUCCGUGGCCAAGAAAGCCUUCUCUGGCCUGGAGGCCCUGGAACACCUGAACUUGGGAGAGAAUGCAAUCCGUUCCAUCCAGCCCGAAGGCUUCAGCAAAAUGAAGAACCUCAAAACUCUGCUCAUUCAGAGCGACAGCUUCCUGUGUGACUGCCAGCUCCACUGGCUGCCGGACUGGUUGGUGACGCGCGGUUUGCAAGCGGGUGUCAAUGCCACCUGCGCCCACCCAGAGAGCCUGAAGGGCACAAGCCUCUUCCAGGCCCCAUCCAGCAGCUUUGUGUGCGAUGACCUCCCUAUGCCUCAGAUCACCGUGCAUCCAGAAGCCAAAGUCACAGUUCUUGGUAGCGAUGUUCUCCUAACCUGCACGGCUGCGAGCAGCAGCUCCUCCCCCAUGACCUUUGCCUGGCGCAAGGAUCAGGAGCUGCUCCGCCACGCAGACGUCGAGAAUUAUGCCCACGUCCGCGCACGCAACCAGGAGACCACGUCUGCUGCACCGGGCACCGGCGGAGGCGUGAUGGAGUACACCACUAUCCUGCACCUGCGGCGCGUCACGUUCGCACACGAAGGCCGUUACCAGUGCAUCAUCACUAAUCACUUUGGCUCCACCUACUCCAGCAAGGCCCGCCUCACCGUCAACGUCCUCCCAUCCUUCCUAAAAACUCCCCGAGACAGCACCAUCCGCACGGGCCACACCGCCAGGCUGGAGUGUGCUGCCGAGGGCCACCCUGCGCCUCAGAUCGCCUGGCAGAAGGAUGGAGGAACGGAUUUCCCGGCAGCCCGCGAGCGCAGAAUGCAUGUCAAGCCCGACGACGACGUUUUCUUCAUCAUGGACGUCAAGCCAGAGGACAUGGGCGUGUACAGCUGCACUGCCAAAAACACGGCAGGCACCAUCUCUGCCAAUGCCACCCUCACCGUGCUGGAAACCCCUCACCUGGCCCAGGAGCUGGAGGACCGCAGCGUGGUGGUGGGGGACACGGUGGCUCUGCAGUGUAAAGCCCAGGGCAGCCCGCCUCCUCGCAUCACGUGGCUGCGCAACGACCAGCCACUGCGCCCCUCCGACAGACACCACUUCACCCCAGGGAACAAGCUGCUGGUCAUCAACUCGGCCUCGUUGGAGGACGCCGGCCGCUACACCUGCCUCAUGUCCAACACGCUGGGCACGGAGCGCGCCCACAGCCAGCUGGUGGUGACGCAGCGCCGCAGCCCGUGCGCCCCACCGCCGGGGCCCAGCACCGUGACUAUAGGGAUCAUCGUCAUCGCCGUGGUGACAAGCAUUGUGAUGACGUCACUGGUGUGGGUCUGCAUCAUCUACCAGACCAAGAAGAAGAGUGAGGAGUGCAGUGUCACUAACACGGAUGAAACAAUAGUGCCUCCGGAUGUUCCCAGCUACCUCUCGUCUCAGGGCACUCUGUCAGAGCGGCAGGAUGUGUGUAUCCGCGUGGAGGCCGCCGGUGGACUCCAGCCUAACGGGCACGUUAUAGACCACACAGGCUUCGAUGGUGCAGUGCUGUGCACUGAUUGCAUGGAGAGCGGCAACAGCUACUGCAGGGAUUCUGACUACCUGGGCUAUGGUUUUGGUCCCUCCGGGGCCAUGGAGUACCAACAGCACGCUCACCACCACGACCCCGGUCCACACACGGCGCCGUUGUGCAACAGGACACCCAACGGGAUCCGGAAGGACAUUCAAGGAUCCACACACCCGAAAAACCACAAUACGUUACAACUGAAUCAACACGAUAGUGAAGCGAGCAGAGCGGGACAGACGCUGACCUGCUCCCCAUCACAGGAAGACUCCUUCCACAAGCCUGUGAAGCUGGUGGGCGUGGCGAGCCGCGGCUACGGCGGCAGCGACUGCCAGCCUGAGCUUCGGCAGACGCUGCUGACCAACGGACACGCCCUCCGAGCCUCUCCGCACGAGAGCGCCCCGUUAAGGAGAGCCAGCGAUUAGCAGCCGCUCCAUCCAGCACGGAACGUGGACUUGCAGUCGCUGGGUGGGAUUUCUAUUUAAUGAUUUUUUUUCUUGCACUGGGAAUUAAAACUGCUACCUCAUAUCGAGGCGAACUGUCCUGAAGCCUCCUGAAUGUAGACUGACAGGAGGAGGGGAGCGGCGGGGGAGAUCCGGAGUGUGAAGAUGGAGCUUGUGUGGGUGGCGUCCCAUCUGAGCGUAUAGGCUGUACAUAGUUAAAAACCUUCCUUUGGGAGGUGACCAGUAAAAUUUCUAGCUCCAAACAAUGUGACUUGCAUUUUGAAGCAUGUAAAUGUAGGGAAUGAUGUACAGUGUAUGUAUGUACAGGAUACAAAAAGAAAAAAAUCUACAUUUGGACAUUUGACUGUACAUAAGAGUUUUCCUAUAUUAUAUAUUAUAUAACUUUUACAGAAGAGUAUUUGAAUUUAUGUGCAUGACAAAGAAAGGAGUGAUGGUAUUUUUAUUGUUCUUCAAAAGCCUUUUUACAGCUUCUGCCGACAUUCAGCUGCAGUGCCUUAUUGCAUGAUCAAGGAGAACUCAACUUGUAAUAGCAUAUGUCAUCCAGAUACUGGUACGCUCUUCACAGCAAACCAAACACUUGGUAGCACUUGAAUGUUUUUUUUUUUGGGGGGGGGGGGACAAACUAUGUCAAUUAUGGCCUUUAAGAAACACACCUCACACUCAUUGUUGUUGUAUGAAGGAAGAGCUCUGGUGUGAAUUCAUCUGGUACGACGGAUGCGACAAAAGCACUUUUUAAACCCGCUUCAUAACCCUGCAGAUACGGGAUGUUUGCAAAUAGGAGGCAUUCUGUACCAUUAAGGCUCUUCUACCCCAAAGCUGCUCUGUUCUAGUUGGGUGAAAGGAUUCUUCUUGUACUUAAGUUCAACAAAGGGUAUUAAGCACACAUUUGCAACCCAGUGUGUUCAAACCUCUGCAACCGGCUCAACCCUUAACAUCUGAUUGGCAAAUCUCCCAAUUACACAAUUCUUACGCUUUGAACACAAAAUGGGGAGAAUCGGGGAGAGUGAUGUUGUUUUACUGCUGUAAUGUGCCUCAACAUCCAAGAAGAAAGCGGCCAGUAUUUCGCCCUCAGCACCACAUUGUACCCCCUGAACUUCCUCAUCAGUGAAAUAUUGUUUUGUGCUCAAGGUCACUAAGGGUGAGGCUUCGUGCUGUGAACAGUUGGAAAGUUUGUGAACCAAUCCAGCAAGAUUAUUGCAGUCUGACGCUCUGUGAAGGGUCACAGUCCCUGCGUGCGCUGGGCCACAUCCAUGUGUGUCCACAUUACCUGUUCAUAGCACCCAUCACACCGGCUCGACCAACCAGCAGGUCACCAGGUCCCAGUGUAGCGUAUAAAGGGAAGAGGGGCAGCGGGGUGCGGCUCAUGUUCUGGGUAAUUUAUUGAAACUGAGAAUGUUGUACCAACGUUAAAGCUAAAACAGUGAAGUGUCUAGUAAAUCACAUUUUGCUAUUGUUCCAA